UGUUUUUUUAGUAAUUAAUCAGUAAUUUCCCAUAUUUUCCAUCUAUUAGUGUAGAAUAGCUUCUUGCUGCUCACAAUUUACUAAUUUGGAAGAUGGGUUUUGCUUGUGGAUUAAUAAGAUUGGAUUUUUUGGGGGUUUACGUGAUUUAGGAUCUUUCUGAUUGAUGGGGUGUUGUAGGGUUUGCUUGUGGGUUUACUUCGUUAUCCAGUUAUGAUUUGGACGCUAUCUUUCAGUUUCGUUGUUAAUUUUCCACCAUGUUUCUGGCUAUGGGUUUUGCUUCUAGUAAAAUUUGCCGCUUUCCUAUGAGGAAGUGAAUGGGGAGACGUAAAGAUAGGAGUAGGGUACUAGGGGGCGUACAUCAUGAUCAAGCGGGCACCGAGUAGGAACCAAAGAACCAAAGGAAUCAGGGUGAAGCAUGUUCUGCAGAUUUGUCUGCUGCUUGGGGUCUGCUUUUGGUUACUCUAUCAGGUCAAGCAUUCCCACGAUAAGAAAGUGGCAUUAGAUAAGAAAGAUGAAAAAAUCUCAACCGGAAGCCUGAGUGAGGGUGAGCUUCCAAAACUUGGGAGGAAAGACCUUCCAAAACUUGAAAUCCCUAAAAAUGAGAAACAAGAGGAAGAGGAGGAAGGCGAAGGAGCAGGAGAGGAAGACGAGAAACCUGAAGUAGAUGUGCAUGAAGAAGAGGAUCAGAAACAUGAAGUAGACGCGCAUGAAGAAGAGGAUCAGAAGCAUGAAGUAGGAGAGGGAGAAGAAGAGGAUCCAAAGCAUGAAAUCGGAAAGCGGGAAGAAGAGGAUCUGAAGCAUGAGGCAGAAGAGCAAGAGGAGGAAGAAAACAAGAACGAGGAGACGGAAGAUGACGGAAGAGGAGCUGGAGAUGAUGAGAUAGAUGAAAAUGAGCAAGAGGGGAAAGAAGGGGAAGUGGAACAUGAUGAGGAAUUUAUAGAUGAGGAGAAAGAAAGAGAAGAUGAUGGGAAUGAGAAAGAUGGUGAUAAGAAGGACGGUGAAGAGAGAGAGGAACAAGAAGAACAUGAGAAUUCAUCAGAUGACCAAGAUAAUGAUACCCAUGAUAAGAAUGCUCAUGAAGCACGAGAGGAGAAUUACAAGGGGGAUGAUGCUUCUAGUGCAGUGACCCAUGAUAAUCAAGUUAUAAGCACUGAAACUGAGAAAGUAAGUUCGGAAAACUCAAAUGAGAACCCCGAAACUACUACACUAGAGAAGGACAAUUCAACAAUGGUGGAAGAGAGAAUGGCUGGAAAUGGUACUAUUUUAAAUGUAGCUACAAGUGAAGAGAAAGUUGAUGGUAAUAUGUCCAAUCCUGCCGAGAGCUCACUCUUAAAUGCGAUGGUGAAAACACAAUCUAAUGAUCAAUCAGAAGCAGCAGGAAAUAACUCAACCGUGGUGAGUACCGAAGCUAAAGAUAAUUUGACAAUGGUGAGUACAGAAGCUGGCAAUAACUCAACAGAUAUCAACCAGGCAACUGGUUCAUACCAGCAGAACUUAACAGAGACUGUAUCUGAGUCAGCUCACUCUGAAAAUGGAACGGUGGAUGGUAGGACUACUGGAGAGGACGUGAUCACACAAACCAUGGUUGUGGAACAGGCUAACAACACAGUUGCUGAGAACAAUGAAUCUGUCUCAAAUUCAACAAUAUCCAUUAAAAUUGAGAAUGCAGAUGGGGCGUCAGGAGAAUCAUCUAACUCCUCUAAUACAGUAGCGACUAAUGUGUCAGAGAAUAUCGUAAGAUCUGAUGGAGCAGCUGAAACAGAGGAUGGUUCUGGAUCUUCAUCGAUAAAGGAGACCACAGAUGCCGCUCAGAAUGAAGAGUCUAAUGGUGCAAGUGAAUCGGACAGGAGGGGUGAAGGUUCAGACUCCACAAAUGGGACAGAGGAAACGACUCAUCAUGAGCCAAUUGAUUCUUCUGAUUCCCAUAUCACCCAAGACGAGAAAGAGGCUCGCAUUGAUCUAACCACACUGCCAGAGAUAACAACCGAGGGGGAUGAGAAUGGAGAGGUUGCAGCAGAAUGA